AUGAGGAAUCAGGUUACAGUUAUAAGAGACAAGAUGGCAGCUGCGCAGAGUCGUCAGAAAAGCUAUUCGGACACGAGGAGAAGAGAUCUAUUAUUUGACGAAGCUGAUUGGGUAUACCUCAAAGUUUCUCCAAUGAAAGGCGUCAAGCGUUUUGGUAAGAAAUGGAAACUUAGCCCGAGGUAUGUUGGCCUUUUUCAGAUUCUGAAGAAGGUUGGACCAGUUGCUUAUCGUAUUGCCUUGCCAGAAUAUUUUGGAGAGAUUCAUGAUGUUUUCCACGUGUCGUCAUUAAAUAAGAGCUUUGGACAACAAGAGCCACGUUUCGUUGAUCCAGGAAGCAUUCAACACCUGCCUGAUCUCGCGUAUGAAGUUGUGCCAACUCAGAUCUUGGACAGAAAGGAGCAACAAUUGAGAUCCAAGACGAUACCUCUAGUUAUGGUAUCUUAG